AUGGAAACGGCAUUUGUGGAAGAAGUGGCUGCCUCGUUGGUGCGCGAGUUUCUCAGCAAAAAGGGUUUGAACAAGACAAGCAGCAUGAUGGACCAAGAACACCCACGCACAGCCCUCAGCAUCAACAACAGGAACGAGCUGCGGAAGGUUUUGCAUCUACAGUCUUUGUACAAACUGAAUAAGACAAGGGAACACCCGCUGAAAACCAUUCUUGAAAUCAUGACUAGCUAUUUUCUGGAGGACACCAUCAGCCUCCAAGAUACUAGGAGUCCAGCCAUUCCACAGAACAAGAAUUCUAAGCUCAGCGCUUCAGAGACUGCCAUAAUCAAGAAUUCCUUCUCUGAUGGAAACAUCGCUCCACAAACGGUGCCACAAACAAACCAGACUGAGAGCUACAGGAGAGAAACCUUAUCAGCGCUCAAGGUUGUGGAGAGUUUUGAGCGCAAGGCAACGAUCCAUACAGGAGAGAAACUGCCUGAGUGCUCAGUGUGGAAAGUGUAA